ACAGUGUGYUCCAGCUGAGUUAAAGCCGUGCUUAGUGGAGAUGCCUCAGCUGGAUCACUCCCCAAGCCUCACCUCCCGGUUUUAAAGCUCCAAGGCAGACCAGGAAGAUUUCAGAAGAGCAAAUCAAGCAGGUUCCAGUUUGUCAGAACUGUGGAGAAACGGAUUGCAGUCAUGAGUGAGAUUCCCAAGAAUUCCUUGGAGAAAAUUCUUCCACAGCUGAAAUGCCAUUUCACCUGGAACUUAUUCAAGGAAGAAAGUGCCUCAUGUUAUCUACAAGACAGGGUGUGCAAUCAGAUCGAAUUUCUCAAUGCUGAGUCCAAAGCUACAAUGUACAAUUUGUUGGCCUACAUUAAACACCUGGAUGGUCAGAACAAGGCAGCUCUGGAAUACCUGCAGAAAGCUGAAGAGUCGAUCCAGGAAAAGCACGAUGAGCAAACAGAGAUCAGAAGUCUGGUCACCUGGGGAAACUACGCCUGGGUCUACUAUCACAUGGACCAACCCGAAGACGCUUGGACCUAUGUGAACAAGGUGAAAGACAUCUGCGCAAAGUUUUCAAAUCCUUACAGCAUYGAGUGUCCUGAGCUUGACUGUGAGGAAGGAUGGACGCGACUACAGUGUGGAAGAAACGAAAGAGCGAAGAUGUGUUUUCAGAAGGCUCUGGAAGAGAAACCCAACAAMCCCGAAUCCUCCACUGGACUGGCAAUUGCAAUGUACCAUCUGGAUAAGAAACCAAAGAAGAACUUCUCUGUCAAUGCUCUGAAGCAGGCCAUUGACCUGAAUACCAACAACCAGUAUCUCAAAGUUCUGUUAGCCCUGAGCCUGCAGAAGAUGAAUGAAAAAGACGAAGCGGAUAAAUUGGUUGAGGAAGCUUUGGAGAAGGCCCCUUACCAAACAGAUGUCCUGCAAAAGGCAGCCUAUUAUUACGAGAAAAAUGGUAACCUAGACAAAGCUAUUGAACUGUUUCUAAGGGCGUUGGAAUCCACUCCAAACAAUAGCUAUCUCUAUUACCAUAUUAUGUGCUGCUAUAAGGAAAUGGCCAUACAGAUGCAGAAUAUAGAAGAACCGAAAGCCAGUGAAUAUAGAGAGAAGAUUGAAGAACUAAGGAAAUUGGCUAAAGACCAUAUGGAUAAAGUUUUUGAGAAUGGGUUGGAUCCUCUGGGUGCACCCUCUGAAUUCACCAAGUUCCAGGAAGCAGAAAAAUGUUAUCGGCAGGUGUUCGGUAAAGAGACCCCUGAGGCCGAGAGGCAACCACUUCAACCACACUCUUGCAGCCUUCAGAAAUAUCAGGGUAAGUCUGAAGACACUUCCGCUGUCCAAAAUGGCUUAGAGAGUUUUCACCUGAGSCCAACAUCAACUGAGAAGGAAGAGAUGCAACAUCCUUCCCAGAGCACAACCGAGAGUCCACUUCAACAAAGUCCUCCAAAUUGUUGGUAUCUCCAAGGGUUAGAUCACAAGCGGGAGGGAAAUCUGCAGCAGGCCGUGGAAUGUUAUGAGAAGAAACUGGGACACCUUCUAAGGGAUGCUCCAUCAGGUAUCGGCCAAGUGUUCCUGUCAGCAUAUGGGCUUGAAGGUGACAGUGAAGAAAUGUCCCAGGAUGCAGGCAGCUCCACUUCCAGAGAGCGUCGGGACUCCUGAACUGAGGAGAGAGGAGGAAGCAGCAUCAGAAGGUCUGGAAGAUGUCUGGAAGGGGGCAGAAGUCUGGGG